GACCUCGGGACAGCGAGCGGCCUCCUGCUGCGCUCAGUACGGGCCGGACCCGCCACCGCCAGCACCACCGCCAUGCUGUGCCGCCUGGCUUCCCGGGGCAGGAGUCGUACUCAGCUAAUUGCAGCUUUGGGAUGUUCAGCCUCCAGGCAAAAACACACUCUUCCUGACUUGCCUUAUGACUAUGGUGCCCUGCAACCCCACAUCACUGCAGAAAUCAUGCAGCUACACCACAGCAAACAUCAUGCUACUUAUGUGAAUAAUCUGAAUAUUGCAGAGGAGAAAUAUAAAGAGGCAUUGGCAAAAGGUGAUGUUACAGCUCAGGUGUCUCUUCAGCCUGCACUAAAGUUCAAUGGUGGGGGUCACAUCAACCACACCAUCUUCUGGACAAACCUUUCUCCUAAUGGGGGAGGAGAGCCUCAAGGGGAACUGAUGGAAGCCAUCAAGCGUGACUUUGGCUCCUUUGGAAACUUCAAGGAGAAGCUGACGGCGGUAUCGGUUGGUGUUCAAGGCUCAGGAUGGGGGUGGCUUGGUUUUAACCAGGACCAAGGCCGCCUGCAGGUCACUACUUGUUACAAUCAAGACCCUCUGCAAGGAACAACAGGUCUUAUUCCUCUGCUAGGAAUUGAUGUGUGGGAGCAUGCUUAUUAUCUUCAGUAUAAAAAUGUUAGACCUGACUAUCUAAAAGCUAUCUGGAAUGUGAUCAGCUGGGAGAAUGUAUCUGCAAGAUACACAGCUUGCAAAAAAUAAAGUGGAGGUCUCACACAGACUAUUACAAGAGCACCAGUUCUACUCUGAAAUCAUUUUUGUAGUAGUGUGUUUACUGGCUUGUUAAUGAGUCGAUCCACUGCUGAAAAUACUUUAAUGCAUCCAAUGAAAACAUUUGCAAUCAAGCCAAGUGUUGCUUGUCGAAAUCUGUGAAAGGUAUUUAUAAAGCUUUAAACUCUUGUGCAACAAGUGGAAACAAUUCUCUAAUUCUUUGUAGGGAUAUAACUCUUUAACAUUUCAUUGUGGUUCUACUGAACUUUCCUGUAGUUGACAGCAGUAAACUUAUGAAUGUAUCUAGUAUUGUCCUUUACUACAGAAGGGAAAACCAAGCUAAUCUACAUCACAGUGGCUUUGUGAGGAAUAGUUACAUAUGACGCACUAUAAAAGUGCUAAUUAUUAAUAAAUAACAUACCAAUACAUCUCACAAUACUUGCACAGAUUGUUAGGGAAACUUUGUUUCCAAGAGCAUUUAAUGAUUUCAAAGGCAAAAGUGAUACUCAAAAUAACUAUUACAAGUUAAAUAUGCAGUGCCAGGGAGCUUCCUUUAGAAAGUGAUAGUAGCAAACA